CUGAGGAGGCUUUUGGUUGGAACAACGGUUUCAUCUUUCAUCAGACCGACAGACCCUCACUCUGCUCGCUUCGUCGUUCGCCCGCGCACGCAGCACAUUAGUCACUAGCAAGUAGCAUCGCGCGUUUCUUCCAUGAACUUAAACUACGCAGUGAAAGCUUUCUCUGCAACUCCAUUUAACUGGCGAAAAGCAUAAACAAGAGCGUUCCAUUACACGGACAACGUAAAUUGAUUAAUGGGGAAGAAAAGAAGUUGGUCUGAAAUCAUGGCCGUGAGCCAGGCGCCAACGCUACCAAGUGGUACUCCCAAUUCCGUCAUGUCGUUUCUCAGCAAGUUCGAAAAAUACAGCCGUAGCGAGUCAUACUCCUGGAGCCAGAAAAAGAUGAAAAUGUUCAAUGAAAGAAAAGGUAUUAGUAGCAUAUCUUGGAUUGCAGGUAUCCGAUCUGAACCUGAAUACAAGGACAGGACUCCCUCAAAAGUUUUAGACUAUUCUGAUCCAUUUGCUGUUCCCAAUUUGUUGGAAGGAUUGGAUUCUGGGAAAUUUGGAAGUGUAACAAAUGAAAUUGAAGAUCUUCGUGCUCGAAAGAUGCAAAUGCUGUAUCCCUUGUUUGCAAAGUACCCAUCAUUUUUUUCUUCCUAUGUGGAGUCUGUUUCUCAGUCACCAAGAGUGACUGAGAAACCACAGAACAUCCAUUUGGCUUCUCAAGUUGUUAUAGAUUUGGAUGCUGACUCUGUUGAAAAUGAUUGCCCUGUAACAGAAAAUAGCUAUCCACUUCACAAGUCAUCUAGUGGAGAAAUGCAUCAAUAUGAUGAUCAUAGCUCCAUUGUGGUGGAUAAAACAGAUUGUAUUAACCUUCAGAAUCACAACAACAAUUCAAUUGUUGUUAUUGAUUCAGAUGAAGAAGAUGGUGGGGAUGGGAUUGGGACAAGACAUUCUUCAAUCUUGGACUUGCCAGUAGUAUCUUUAUUCCAGAGCCCUUUCAAUGUAAAGAAUGGAACAGAUCUUAUUCCUCAUAACAGCAUAUUACUUCACAAAGUUUUUCAGCCUGCACAUGGAAACCAUGUGCAGUUGAAUGCCGGAAUGGGUUUGAGUGGUCCUGUUGAAGCAAACCGGAAGGCUUCUUAUCACUAUGAGGAGGUUGUCUUAAGGAAGCCAGCCAAUGUAAACCCAAUCAGGGAUCUGAGUGCAAAACAGUGUUUGAAGGUCGAUGCUGCAAGAGAAAAAGAGGCUGAUAGUGGAAGCACGGAAAGAAGAGACCUAGGUGUCUAUGUUGGGGUCUCGGAUGAUGAAAUGAGUGAAAAAAGCAAUGAUCAAAGUAAUGUAGAAGAUGAUGGGUUAGGUGACAUAUGGAGGGAAAUGACACUAGCCCUAGAAUGUUCUAAGGAGGCUGCUGCAGAGAUGUCAGCUUUUGAACAAAGUGGUGGAGAAGAGGAAGGUGAAGAAUGCAACCACUCUUUUGUUCUCAAGGAUGAUAUUGGAUAUGUUUGUCGGGUAUGUGGUGUUAUUGAAAGGAGAAUUGAGACAAUUUUUGACUAUCAGUGGAUAAAGAGCACAAAGAGUACACGGACUUACACUUCUGAAGCUAGAAAUAUCAAGGAUGGAGACAAAACUGAAGUUGCCUUCUCUGGACUUAACUUCUCUGAAGAUGAUUUUACUGCAGCUGAAAUACAUGUGCAUCCAAGGCAUUUUAAGAAAAUGAAGCCCCAUCAAGUUGAGGGCUUCCAUUUCUUGGCAAGAAAUUUAGUGACAGAAGAACCAGGUGGUUGCAUCCUGGCACAUGCUCCAGGAUCUGGAAAAACAUUCAUGAUUAUAAGUUUUAUGCAGAGUUUCCUUGCCAAAUAUCCCCAAGCCAGACCAUUAGUUGUACUACCGAAAGGCAUCCUGGCAACAUGGAAGAAAGAGUUUCAAAAGUGGCAAGUUGAGGACAUUCCAUUACAUGAUUUCUACUCUUCCAAGGCAGAGAAUCGGACUCAACAGUUAGAUGUGUUGAAGAAAUGGGUAGAGCAUAAGAGCAUUCUCUUCUUGGGAUAUAAGCAAUUCUCGAAUAUUGUCUGUGACAGUGAAACCAGCAAGACUGCUGUUGCUUGUCAGGACAUACUCCUGAAGGUCCCUAGCAUUUUGAUUCUAGAUGAAGGUCACACACCUAGGAACGAAAACACAGAUGUUCUCCAGUCCCUUGCUAAGGUGCAGACAGCCCGCAAGGUAGUAUUGUCAGGAACCUUAUUUCAGAAUCAUGUCAAAGAGGUGUUCAAUAUAUUUAACCUCGUGCGUCCAAAGUUUCUUAGGUUGGAUACCUCCCGUUCUGUUGUCAGGCGUGUCAUGAGCAGGGUGCAUAUACCAGGUGGGAAGAGAUUGUCUAGAAGUAGCAUGGAAGCAGUGUUCUUUGAAACAGUUGAGGCAACCCUACAGAAUGAUGAGGAUUUUCGAAGGAAGGUAGUAGUUAUUCAAGACCUCCGUGAGAUGACAAAGGAUGUUCUACAUUAUUAUAAGGGAGAUUUCUUGGAGGAACUGCCUGGACUUGUUGACUUCACUGUAGUGCUUAAUCUGACACCCAAACAGAAGCAUGCAGUUGAAAAACUACAGAAACUGGAAAAAUUUAAGAAAAGAUCCGUGGGGUGCGCUGUCUAUAUGCAUCCACACUUGAAAGAUUUUUCAGAGAGUGGGUCAUCUGGAGAAAAAGGGGGCAACUUUAAUGAUGAAAAGAUAGAUAAUUUGCUGGAAAAAAUUGAUGUGAAGGAUGGGGUUAAGACUAAGUUUUUCCUUAAUAUCCUGGGAUUGUGUGAAUCAGCUGGGGAGAAACUACUUGUUUUCAGUCAAUAUCUCCUUCCUCUUAAAUUCUUGGAGAGAUUACUUGUUAGGACAAAAGGUUGGAUUGUUGGGAGGGAAAUUUUUAUUAUCUCUGGUGAUUCGAACCCUGAGCAACGAGAGUCUUCAAUGGAGAGUUUUAAUAGUUCUCCUGAUGCAAAGGUAUUUUUUGGUUCAAUCAAGGCAUGUGGGGAAGGAAUUUCUCUUGUAGGGGCAUCACGUGUCAUGAUUUUGGAUGUUCAUUUGAAUCCUUCAGUUUCUAGACAAGCAAUUGGCCGUGCAUUCAGACCAGGCCAAGGGAGGAAAGUAUACACUUACAGAUUGGUUGCUGCUGAUUCACCAGAGGUAGAAGACCACAAUACCUGCUUUAGAAAGGAAUUAAUAUCAAAAAUGUGGUUUGAAUGGAGUGAAUUGAGUGGUCACCAGGACUUUGAGAUGGAGACUGUUGAUAUGAAAAAUUGUAAUGAUUUGUUCCUCGAAAGCCCUUUAUUAGGGGAGGAUGUUAAAGUUUUAUACAAAAGGUGAUUCCUCUGGUCUCAUGGUACAGAGGCUGGCCAUGGUGGCAAGAGAAAACUUCUCUACUUUAUACAAAGUAGCAUAUUUUUGAGAUGCAGUGCAAUAACUGUCAUUUUAUUUUGAUAUUGCAUUAUAAUGGUUUAAGUGCCUUUUUAUAGCAUGGCCACUUGUAGUUUCAUACUCACCCUUCCUUUCUCAUCAGGAAUUUCCAAGGUAUUUUGGCAGGUCACUGUAUAGAACUGUAUGUGUAUAGCUGCUUUAGUACUAGCCUUUUUGAAGCCUUUUCUGUUCAUUCCUUUUUCCUUGAUUCUUGUUUCUUCAUCGGGGAGCAAAGCUGUAUAGAGUAAUAGAAGGUAUGUUAUUUUCAGCCAAGAAAAAAAUAUUGAGCACCCCUUUUUGCUUAUUAGUGGUGAAUACCUGUUGAAAAGCAGUUACUUUA